AUGUCCGGAAUCUCUCUCGUCAACCAGGUCAAGGCCUCAAAGUUCUGGUCCAACGCCCUCCAGCCCGUUGCCAACGCAUUCGUCAACGCUGCCGGAUACCGCAAGCUUGGUCUGCGCUACGACGAUAUUCUUCGCGAGGAGACCGACAUUAUCCGUGAGGCCACCAACCGCCUCCCCGACGAGGAAGUCUACGAGCGCGUGUUCCGCAUGAAGACUGCGUUCCAGUACUCCCUCUCGCACACGGUCGCGACGAAGGAGAACAUCCUCAAGCCCGAGGACGAUGUCCGAUACCUCACUCCCCUCAUUGACGAGGUCGCUGCCGAGUUUUCGGAGAGGGCGGACUUUAACAACAUCAAAUCUUUCACAAAGUAA